CAAAAUGGCCUAUCUGGGGGACAAAUGCAUUUUCGGGGUGGCAAGUUGCUCCCAAAUAUUUCCAAAAGCAGUUCGGGGCCAUUUUCAGCAAUGAUGUUGAUGUUUUUCUGGUGUACUUCCCACACAACUGGUCCAAAGUUGAAGCACGUUUGAAAACGUUUCAGACGUGCAGCAGGUGCGCCGUUGUGUUUGUGUGUGUGUGUGUGUGUGGGGGGGGGGUGUUUGGCAAGGGAGGGGGCUGGGGGGGCUCCCGUAUACAAGCGGGCCCCAGCGCGGACUCUGACCGGCGCCGCGUGCAGCAGCAGCAGCAGCAGCACACCGAGAGACCGUCCUGGCGGGUUGCGGGUUUCGGGUUCCGGUCCCGGUCAGCCCCGCCGCUCCGCUCCACGCCGCCAUGGAGAACCACGACCGCGAAGAACUCGACGAAGAACUGGACGACGAGGUGGACGCGCGUCAGCUGGAGCGGCGCAUGAGCGACAGGCGGCGGGCCCGGUCCCUCCCCGCCUGCCCCGCGGCCUCGCUGCUGCUGCGGAAACGGGUCCAGUUCGCGGACUCUCUGGGGCUGAGUCUGGCCAGCGUCAAACACUUCAGCGCGCUCGAGGAGCCGCACGUGCCCGCCAAGGUGGUCUCGGCGCACGCGACGGGGGGGCUUCAGGCGCAGGCGCAGGCGCAGGCGCAGCCGGGGGGAGGCCGCCUGGUGGCCUGCUUCGCCGAGCCCGCGGACCCGGACUCUCGGGUUCGGGUCCUGCGCGUGUGCCUGGAGCGUCUGACCGUCACGCACUUCGACGUGCGCGGCCACGUGCGCGUGCUCUGCGGGUGCGCGCGCAGAGACGUGGGCGUGCGCUACACCUUCAACGAGUGGCUCUCUCACGUGGACGCGCAGGCGCUGCAGCUGCCGGGCGACGGGGGCGCGCGCUACGCCUUCACGCUCUACACGCCCCCCUCGAUGGAGGCGGGGGCCGCGGUCCACAUGGCCGUCUACCUGCGCUCGGACGAGGGCGACUUCUGGGACAACAACGGCGGACGCAACUUCACGCUGCGGUACCGGCCCGGCGCCACUUGAGCUGCUUU